CAGACUUACUUCUCACAAAUUUUUGUUGAAAACUAUUCAAGAUGAAGUUCGCCGUUUUCGCCUCCCUACUUGCCUCCGCCGCCGCCUUCGCUCCGGCCCAGCAGUCCGCCCGUACCUCGGUCGCCACCAACAUGGCCUUCGAGAACGAGCUCGGUGCCCAGCCUCCGCUUGGAUUUUUCGAUCCCCUCGGCCUCGUCGCCGACGGUGACCAGGAAAAGUUCGACCGUCUUCGUUACGUUGAGAUCAAGCACGGACGUAUUUCCAUGCUUGCCGUUGCUGGAUACCUCGUCCAGGAGAACGGAAUCCGACUUCCGGGAGACAUCGACUACUCCGGAACCAGCUUCGAAUCGAUCCCUAAUGGUUUCGCCGCUUUGACCACCAUCUCCGGUGCUGGUAUUGCCCAGAUCGUUGCUUUCAUUGGAUUCCUCGAGCUCGCCGUCAUGAAGGAUAUCACUGGAGGAGAAUUCGUAGGUGACUUCCGUAAUGACUUUAUUGAUUUCGGCUGGGACUCCUUUGAUGAGGAAACCAAGAUGCAGAAGCGUGCUAUUGAGCUCAACCAGGGCCGCGCCGCUCAGAUGGGUAUCCUUGCCUUGAUGGUCCACGAACAGCUAGGGGUCUCCCUCAUCCCCAACUAAGCUAUGGGUUGAUGUUCCUCCGGUUAGAUCUAACAGGAUUAGUGCAAUUCGAGUUGAAUCACUGGGAAAAACAUUGUCUUCUUUUUU